CUUAGAGGUGGAUAAAGUUCGUCUCCACGUUGGAAGUGAUAGAAAAGUAUUAUCUCUAUUCAAGCCGCAAGCUUUUUUUUUCGGUGGAAGGAAGGAAAGGAUCAACAAAACCGAAGAGGAUAUUUGUUUUUUGGUGCGUAAAAGCGCACGGAGAGACUACGGGAGGAGGAAGAAGUAUUGUUUUUGUUGAUGAUCGGUUCAAGAGAAGAGAGAAAAGUUUUCUCAGGACACGAAGUUGUCAAGUGAUAAUAAACUUUAUGUCCAGAAAAAUGGAAGCGACUUUCUACGACGAAGCUGUGAGCGCCUCCAGCUCUCUCCAGCAGCACGACGGCGGUGCGACGGUGUACGGCUUCAACCCCAAAACCCUGAAACAAACCAUGACUCUAAACCUGAACGACCCGACGAAGAACUUCAAGCCCCACCAGCAGCAGCAGCUGAUGAGCGCCAAGGCCCUGGACAUCCUCACGUCUCCAGAUGUGGGCUUGCUGAAGCUGGCGUCGCCUGAGCUGGAGAGGUUGAUCAUCCAGUCCUGCACCGGGUUGACUACUCCCACACCGACGCAGUUCGUGUGUCCGAAGAACAUCACCGACGAGCAGGAAGGGUUUGCGGAGGGUUUUGUGAGAGCUCUAGCUGAGCUGCACUACCACCAGCAGGCACCAGCCGACGCGCAGACCGGGGAGUCCAACAGCAUGGCAUCCGGCUCUAGUGCGUCAGAGAGCGGCGUGAUUCCCUACAGCUGCACGGUGCGCUCAGAUCCUCCAGAGUACACUAACUUGGGCGCUUUCAACCGGGGUGUUGUCGCACCUGCGAGCAAUGAAAGGCACCAACAGCCCAUGAGUUACGCAGCCGCAACGCAGCCGUCCCACCUGGACCACCUGGCGGCCGCAGCAGCGCAGCACAAGCGGCUCCAGGCGCUGAAAGAGGAGCCGCAGACGGUGCCCGAGAUGAUGUCCGGAGACACCCCGCCGCUGUCCCCCAUCAACAUGGAGAGGCAGGAGCGCAUCAAGGCGGAGAGGAAGCGCAUGAGGAACCGGGUGGCCGCGUCCAAGUGCCGGAAGAGGAAGCUGGAGAGGAUCUCGCGGCUGGAGGACCGGGUGAAGAACCUGAAGAACCAAAACACGGAGCUGGUGUCCUCCGCCAACGUGCUGCGGGACGAGCUGGCGCUGCUCAAGCAGAAGGUCAUGGACCACGUUAACAGCGGCUGCCAGCUCAUCUUGACGCAGCAGCUCCAGGCUUACUAAGAAGGGGAGGGGGAAAAAGGGGGACGUUUCUUUGGGACCAAAAUGCAGCUUAAAGUGGCACAUUCAGCCAUAC